AUGAGCUCGAAGGCCGUCGGCCACUCGCGCCACCAGGCCGCGCCGCCCGCGGGCGGCGAGGGCUUGGCGAAGGCGUCGCGGUACUCGGGCAGGACGUCAGUGCCGUACCAGCCGCCCGGGAGCGACAGCCACAUGUUCGUCGACAUCUACCAGCGGCUCUACCGCGACCGCAUCAUGCUCGUGGGCAACUUCCUCGACGAGGAGCAGGCGAAUUCGCUCAUCGCCGUGCUCCUCUACCUGCGCUUCGAGGACCCGAAGAAGCCCAUCUCCAUCUACUUCAACGUGCCCGGCGCGCUCAUGAAGCCGUGCCUCGCCGUCUACGACACGCUGCAGACGCUCGAGUGCCCCGUGACGACGGUGAACCUGGGGCUGGCGACGGGCAUGGGCGCGUUCCUCUGCGGCGCGGGCACGAAGGGCUGCCGCUACGCGCUGCCGAACGCGCGCUUCCUCAUGCAGCGCACGGGCCUCGACGACCCGUUCCAGGGCCAGGCGUCGGACAUCGGCCUCGUCGUCCGCGAGAACCUCCGCGACAACGACCGCAUGGAGAAGGCGCUCGUCAAGAUGACGGGCAACAGCAUCGACGUCAUCCACCAGGACAUGAAGCGGGACUUCUACCUGAGCGCCCACGAGGCCGUCCAGUACGGCCUCAUCGACAAGGUCCUCAUCCCGCAGCCCAAGAACCUCGGCCGCGACAAGUUCUCCACGGGCCUCGGCCUCACGGUCUAG